CUCCUCUGCCUGUCAGCAUCAUGAUCGCAGAAUGUACCGGGACCCCCUGACCAGCGGAGCCGCGUCGCGAUGACUGUCCGCGGGCAGAGCUGCAUCCCCCGGUGACGCUUGACAUUUCCUCCAUCCAGUAGUUGUGAUUUCUCUUUUUACCCCAAGCGGCGUGGCGGCAAGCUGGAAGCCUUUGGCACAAAAAACAACAGUCACACUCAGAGGCUGCCUCUCCGGUGCGUAUACUUUGCUCCGACGCAUUCCUCGGUGGCUCCUCCGUCUUCCUGCUGAGGAUUUGAAACUUGAGCGACCGAGCCGUCUGCGGGCAAAGAGCAAAGGACGAACGGGCGCGUGUUGUUGGCGCGGUGAAUGUAGCGGCAGGCUGGGUUGUCCGUCUGCGGGGCGCACGGCGGUGCUGCUGGACCAGAACGCACCAAGUCUCUUGUUCCCGUUUUACCCCCCUCUGGUGUCCCGAACACUGCAAACAUGUUUCUCAUCGGGAGUGUGCUCGCUCUCUUCUUCUCAGGUGUGUUGCCCUCUCCACCUCUCUCCCCCACUGACUGUGUUGAAGCUCACCGAGUGUGCUCCGCCGACCCCCGGUGCGAGGCGCUGUACCGGGGCUUGGAGCUGUGUGCGGCCGACGCAGCGGUGUCCCGGUUGGGGGAGCAGGUGGCCGCCGAGUGCCUGGAGAGACAGGACGCUCUGCUGGCUAAGCACCCCGCUCUUGUGGCCUGCAAGUGCCAGCGCGGCUUUCGCAAGGAGGAGCAGUGCCUGCGCAUAUACUGGAGGGUUCGCCUGCUGCCAGGGGAAGAUGAGCUGGAAAUAUCUCCCUAUGACGACACGCUAAUGGAUACUCGCAUGGCCUCUUUAGUAGCGGUGUCAUCUUUCAUGCAACUGGAUGGUGAGAACCAGUGCCUGAAGGCAGCGCAGGACUGUGGCCUGUACGAGAAGUGCGGCUCUCUGCGAUCAGAGUAUGUCCUGGCUUGCACCAAACGGGUGCCCGGGACCAACCGAUGCAACCAGCACAAGUGCCACCGGGGCCUGCGGCGCUUCCUGGAGCGGGUGCCUGAGGAGUACAGCCUGGGCGUCCUCUUCUGCCCCUGCACCGACACCCUGUGUGGUGAGAGGAGGAGGAAAACCAUUGUCCCGUCCUGUUCCUUUCAGGAGAUGGAGGGUCUGCAACCGAACUGCCUCCACCAGCAGAGUUUCUGCCGCCGAGACGACCUUUGCAGGUCCAGACUGGCAGAUUUCCUUAAUAACUGCCAGCCAUCUCCUCUGACACCCAGCGGCUGUCUGAAAGACUCAGCAGGCCUGUGCCUCCGAGCCUACGCUGGACUCAUCGGUACCAUCAUGACACCCAACUACGUCAGCAACAGCUCUUCAGACGUGUCGCUGUGGUGUAACUGUGAAGGCAGUGGCAACCAGUGGCAGGACUGUCUGAGGCUGCAGCGCAUGUUUACCCACAACACCUGCCUGCGUAACUCUAUCAGUUGGAUGGGGAGCCCCAGCUCCCUGCCUGCAGACAUCAGCCCCCCUCCGGCUCCCAGACCUUCCCCGCUGGUUCAUGAGGACGAGCUGCUGAGCAACAACCACCUGCCGGAGCACAACAACAUCGUGGU